AAGUUCCACAACAUUGAAGCCUCUCAGCUUCAGCUUCGGCGUCGGCGGCGGAUAUGGCAACCGGGCUUCAGACUUGCGGCAACCAGAGCAUCUGCAUCUUGGCGGCAGCUGUUGUUUGAGGUGGCAAGUGAAUAAAAGCCACCUCCAAGCCGUCGAGUGGCAUCAGUUGCAGGCAGUGAGCCACCGAGACCCGGUACAAGGACUAAAUCGAACAACCACCCACCCAUCCACAAGAUGAUGAAGCUGAUACUGGCUCUGCUCUCCGUGUGCGUCUUGGCCUCGGCUCGUCCUGGCUUCCUGCACGGCCACCACCAUCACUAUCCGGAGUACCCCCUGUACCCGCACCACCACCAUAUCGAGCCACUGCAUGUGGCCAAAAUCGUUCAUCUGCCGGCCGCCGUCUCCCACCAAAGCUCAACGGUGGUGCACAGUGUGCCGCACCACAUUAUCAAGCCGGUGGUGCUGCCCACGGUGGUAAAGACGGUGGUGCACCCUCCCAUCAUCAAGGCCUACCACCCGGCGCCCAUCAUCAAGGCCUACCAUCCCUACGAUCCCUUCCACCUGCACCAUCACCACGACUUCCAUGACUACCACCUGCAUUAA